AUGCAGGGCCUUCGAAAUGGCUCGACGGCUCUCUUGACAAUCCUGCUCGUCGCAGCGAACGUUCUGAUCCCGGCUGCGAUUAUAAUCUUUGCGACAGGAUUCUUCCCUUACAAGCCAUUGCUCCCAGGUCUCGCGGGCUACGAUAAUAACGAGCAUGGGCCGCCACCAACUGCGCCCUUUGACCGGGUCGUUUUCAUGGUUGUAGACGCCCUGCGCAGUGACUUCGUCUACUCCCCCAGCUCGGGCUUUCGAUAUACCCAGUCCCUGAUUCGCGAUGGCUGCGCGAUUCCCUUCACCGCCCAUGCGACUUCGCCCACGGUCACGAUGCCGCGCAUCAAGGCCAUCACGACGGGCUCGAUCCCCUCCUUCCUGGACGUCAUACUGAACAUCGACGAGGGUGACGAAUCGUCGUCUCUCGCUUCUCAGGAUACAUGGCUCGCGCAGAUGAAGGAAAAAGACACCGGAAAGCUGAUCAUGUACGGGGACGACACCUGGCUGAAGCUGUUUCCCAACGUCUUUGACCGUGCGGAUGGGACGUCGAGCUUCUUCGUCGCUGAUUUCACCGAGGUGGACAACAAUGUCACAAGGCAUGUUGCGGGCGAACUCCAGAACGACGACUGGAAUACAAUGGUGCUGCAUUACCUCGGAUUGGAUCAUAUAGGCCACAAAGGGGGGCCACGCAGCUCGAACAUGUUUCCAAAGCAGGUCGAGAUGGAUGGUAUAGUCGAACAGAUCUACACCGCAAUCGAAUCGCAGCCCCAUCUCCGAUCAACCCUCUUCGUGCUACUCGGAGACCACGGUAUGAAUGACGCCGGAAAUCAUGGUGGCUCAGCCCCUGGCGAGACCUCUCCUGCAUUGGUGUUCAUGUCCCCCAAGAUGAAGUCACUCAAGGCCACAUUUGAAGUGCCACUGGAUGUUCAGGAAGACUUCCAAUACUACUCUGUUGUGGAACAAUCUGAUCUCGCACCGACCCUUGGGGCUUUGCUCGGCUUCCCGGUGCCAAAGAACAAUCUUGGUGCAUUCAUUGUGGACUUUCUACCGUUCUGGUCCGGCAAGGGCGACCAGAUACAGAUUCUCAUGCGCAACGCUGAGCAGAUCCUGGCCAUCAUCACGACCACUUUCGGAGGGGAUCUGUUUGACGCCAAGGGCAGUGUUGACCCUUGCCUCCAGCAGGACACCGAAGUCCAAAAGCUGGCAUGUGGAUGGCGCCGAGUCGUCGAGUCAGCUCGAACCAUGAAAGGCACGGCCGAUGUAGACGAUGUAUGGAUUUCUACAAUGUCAGAGUGGCUGAGAGAUGCUCAAGGCCUCUUAAGCAGCAUGGCCAGUAAUUACGAUAUGACGAGGCUCACCCUGGGCCAAGCAGCUGCCAUUUCAGCUACACUACUGGCCGCAUACGCGGCGUACUUAAACGCUGGCAGGCUAUCAGCAAGAGCUCUGCCCUUGACGGUCAUCACUACUGCAUAUGGUGUGAUGAUGUUUGCCAGUAGCUACGUGGAAGAGGAGCAUCAUUUCUGGUACUACGCAACAACAGCUUGGCUCGCAUUCAUCAGCAGUAAAGGCUUCUAUGGAGCCUCAAAGUCUGCAGUAGGGCAAGCAGUGGCAGUCGCUACCGUCGCUACGAUCACCCGAAUCAUCAGGGCCUGGAACCAGACAGGCCAGAAGUUCGCCGGAGAGCCUGACAUUGUCAAGUCCUUCAUCAUCACCGAGCCGGUGCGUCUUUGGGCUCUCAUCAGCAUCACCUACCUCUGGAUCCACCGCGCACUUCUCCAGGGCUUCGACGGCCUGCCCGCCUCCCUCGCCAUCUUCGGGAGCACAACCGUCGUCCUCGCCGGCUUCACGUUCAAGCUCGCCUUCACCAACGAAGACGCACCCGAGCUCGUCACCGGCUUCGCCUGGUCCCUUGUGGGCGUCACGGAAGGCAUCUCGCUCGCCUCCCGCGCCCAGGCGGUCUUCGUCGGGCUAGGUCUCGGCGCCGCGUGCGUGGUGUACUUCGUCGCCGCAGGGAGGAAGGUGUCGAGGCGCUCCUCUGCCGUCGAGACGCUGCACCAUCUCUACACGCUGCUCGCCAUGACGCAGUCCCGCGCGACCAACAUCCCGCUGUUCCUCCUCUUCGACGUCCAGUACAAAUUCCUCGCGGCGCAGAACCUCUCCCUCGCCGAGCUGUCGGUCACCUCCCUCCUGCUCCAGUACAUGUCCUUCUUCUCCCUCGGCGGCACGAACGCCAUCUCCAGCGUCGACCUGUCCAGCGCGUACAAUGGCGUCCGUGACUUUGACGUCUUCACCGUCGGCCUGCUCACCUUUAUCAGCAACUGGGCCGGCCCUCUGUACUGGGUAUCCGCCACCAACGUGCUGCUGGUGCGGAAGAGGAAGGCUGGUUUCGAGAGGGGCGUGUAUAGACGCCAUGUGACGCUGUUGACUGUGUUCGCGGCUGCGAGCGUCGGCUCCGUCAUGGCGGCGUGUACGGCGCUGAGGACCCAUUUGUUCAUCUGGACAGUGUUCUCGCCCAAAUACCUUUAUUGCAUGGCAUGGAGUCUGGGGCAGCAUCUGGUUGUCAAUAUUGGGCUGGGCGGUCUCUUGUACUGGUUGGGCUCGAGGCAGUAA